AUGCGUCUUCGUCGACCGGGAAUUGCGCCAGACCCCAUUCCACCAACACCCCCUCGCACCCCCAGCCCACGCCGCGGUGGUACACGUCGCACCCCUGCCACCAAAACCCCCCGACACCGCAGUCCCACUUCACCCGACCAACCACCAGCGAACCAACAAGAAGGGCCCCCCCGCUUCCUCCACCUCCCACAAGCCACCGCUGGGCCCCACAUCCCCCACAGAACGCACCCCCCCCCUAUCCGCCCCAGCCCCCAUUCGCGCCUGCUGCUCCGGCACUCCGUGCCACCGCGCCACGCCCUCUGGCCCCACCCCCUACGGGUCCCCAGUCACCCACCUCUCUCCACUCUGUCGGUCCCCCCCCCGGGCUUACUACGCAAGCCCGGUGAACCCCCCGCACCGCGACCUCUAUUCUCAUUCCCGCUACCGCGUCCCCCCGACCCCCCAACAUGCCCCCCAACCACCCCCCCUCACGCUACAACCCUCCGCGCCGCCCCGAAACACAACCUGCCUCCCCCUGAAUCUCUCCCACGCCGGGAGCGCCCAUGCCGGCCUCCUCCCCUUGCACCCCCAACCCAGCCGAUAGACACGGCCGCACGGCCACGUCCGCCCUCUCGCCGAUGA